GAUUGAUGCCCAACAAUUGGACGGGCGCUUUCCGGGUCGCUAGCGGUCAAUCAUCUUGAUACUUGAGCGCUGUACUGUCACGAAUCAUCGCGCACCGUAUUAUGUCCUCCAAUGAGCACCGCUCUGUCAGCUACAACGUAGGCGGCCGUGGUACACGACCCCGCGUCGUCUCUUCUAAACGCGAAGCAGAGAAGCCAUCGCGACAAGACAGCGAAAACAAUAAAUCUCCCCGACGUGUUGCUAAUAUGGACCACCUUCGAGGUAGUACAUCCAGCGGGAGAGGAUUGCACAGGGAAUCUAGCAACGUCACUGAACGUCGCACGGAGCGAAAUAUCGUCACAACUCGCGAUCGAAUCCAUGUUAAGACGCGAAACACCGUGAAAGAAUCACCUAAUGCCGGAAACCGUGGUGAUUUUGAGAAACCUCGAUCUAGGAAGGUAGAUACAGCGACUCCUCCUAGGGGGAAGGAAAAGGAAGUAACAGAAUUACCAUGGAAUCCCCAAGCUACUCUAAUACCACACUCUGCUGCGCCGCUUGCAUGUCGCGUGUCCGUUCCUCCCUUGGCCUCAAUAGCGCCCGAAUACCUGGAGCCGGCGCCGUUUAAAACAAUGCCGAUGGAUGAACAAGAAGAUACUAUUUUACAAGAUAUUCUUUUCGUCUUCAUGGGUUACGAAGGCCAAUAUAUACGCUAUAGCAACACAUAUGAUCCUUCAUCAGAGAAAGACCGAUUGGUAGGCCCGUCAUAUCGAAUUUCGCCAGGCUUGGACCCGAGUCUUAAAGAUUUAACAUUAUCGAUGUUGAAAAUGGCGACGCAUUAUAGCGCUCUGGAAGCCUUUGUCGAUGUUCAAAGUCGUCCUGAGUAUGGUGCUGUUAGUCAUGCUUUGUGCGCAGCCAUAAGGAAGCUAUUGAAGGACUAUUUGAUACUUGUUGCGCAGCUGGAAAACCAACUCAUCAACAACCCAAAUUUCACGCUGCAUGUUCUUCACCUCCAGACCAUGCCCACGAGUCAGAGUUUAGCACAACUUUAUUCACUCGGCCAAGAGCUGUUGAGGCGAAAUAAGUUGCUAGACCAGGACUUGGACGAGUCAAUCGACGAUUUUGACGAUGUCGAUAAUAUUCUAGAGCAGUUGAAGGAAGGCGGGGAUCUGGUUCCAGGAAGCAUGUCUAGCAAGAAGAUAUGUAAGGGUGGAAAUGUCCUUGGGCUGCUAACAGAGCGACUGGCUACGUUUUCUGGUGACCCUGCGACGAGAACGCUUCUACAAACACUACUUCGCGAGGCAAGCAGGCCUUAUAUGAUGAUGCUGAAUGAAUGGCUGCACCAUGGCGGGAUUAAAGAUCCCCACGGCGAGUUCUUAAUUAAAGAACAAAAAGGAAUUAAAAGAGAGAAAUUGGAGGAAGAUUAUACGGAUGAGUACUGGGAAAAACGAUAUACCAUCCGUGACAACGAGGUGCCUCCACAAUUGGAGAGUGUCAGGGAUAAAGUUUUGCUAGCCGGUAAAUAUCUCAACGUCGUACGAGAAUGCGGCGGUGUCGAUAUCAGCAAGGCCGUAAAAGAUGUUCCAAAGACCUUUGAUGAUCCUCGGUUUUUGGACAAUGUUAACGGCGCCUAUGCGUAUGCGAAUACGUCCCUGCUGAAUCUUCUACUUACCGAAAACUCUCUGACAACACGGUUCCGAUCAUUGAAGCAUUAUUUCUUUCUGGAUCGGUCCGAUUUCUUCUCUUAUUUCAUGGAGCUGAGUUCAUCUGAACUUCGCAAAUCCGCGAAGAACGUAAACGAAAGCAAGCUUCAGUCUCUGCUUGAUCUGGUGCUUCGACAACCUGGCAGUAUUGCCGCUCAAGAUCCGUACAAAGAAGAUGUCAAGGUCAAAAUGAACAAGAUUGGAUUGACCAAAUGGCUGAUGCAGGUUGUCAGUGUAUCUGGAAUUGAUCAGGACAACCCAGAUGGCGGAAUAGAAAAAUACCAAACUCCGACGACCCAACCGGCCGAGGAAGAGAAGGACAUUGUUGGGUUUGACGCUCUGGAGCUGGAUUAUAUGGUUCCUUUCCCAGUAUCUCUUGUGAUCAGCCGCAAGACAGUUCUGCGUUACCAACUCAUCUUUCGAUAUCUCCUCUCGCUUCGGCAUUUAGAGAAUUUAUUAGUUACUUCGUGGCAUGACCAACAGAAAGUGCUAGGAUGGCGGCACAAGUCAUCUGACCAGCGACUAGAACUAUGGAAACGAAGAGCCUGGACACUGCGAGCCAAGAUGUUGGUCUUCGUUCAGCAACUACUCUACUUUUGUACGUCAGAAGUGAUCGAGCCAAACUGGCAGAGCUUGAUGGAGAGAGUAAAUGGAACUGUUGCUGGCAGUGACAGCGUGCCCACAGAUGGAUCCAGACAAGUAAACAGGACAGUGGAUGAGUUGAUGCAGGACCAUGUCGAUUUUCUUGACACCUGUCUGAAGGAGUGUAUGCUUACUCAGGCAAAGCUUUUAAAGAUACACUCAAAAUUAAUGACUUGUUGCACCAUGUUCGCCUCUUGGACUGCCUCAUCACUCGCUCGAAGCGUAGCCUCCGCAGACCCCGACCUAUCAGCUGGUGCAGAAGGUGCACCUUCUGACGCUCGACCUUUCGACCCAAGUCGACUAGCGAAGCUAGAAGACACCCUUAAGCGAUAUGAAGACCACUUCAACCGUCAUUUGCGAAUAUUGAUGGAUAGUUUGAACUACUUUGCAGCAACCGAAAGUGUUGUCUUGCUCAAACUUGCGCAUUCAUUGAGCUCAAUUGCCAAGGACGAAUAGCCCUCUUUCUCCAUCGUCUUUUUUCUGUUAUGGUAUUUGAUUCAAAGCGGGUAUCAGGUUGUUUGAGUUAUAGGAAUCCGCCAUCAUUAUAUUUGCAUCGAUGAGUGGACUGUUAGAAUUGGAUUGAUGGAUGAUACCCUAUCGGAGUUCAAGAAGCAAUUAUCAGAUUAUGCAUAUACAGCGACCUGAAUGAAUGAACUAUUAAUUAUCGCG